AUGGCGGGAAAAAAAGGCAACAAGGCAGCCAAAAGCCCCGUUGAGGGCACGGCGCCACUGAACGAGACCUUGGUCCACGAGGCCAAGCGGCACAAAGGCAGCAGGGGCAGGACGGGCCUGAGUGGCCAUCACCAUUGCGACGUCUGCGGCAAAAGCGCCGCCAACAGGUGCAGGCGCAAGGGCCAUAUCGUGGCGUGCGAGAAGCACCCAGAGACUUGGUACUCGGCGUACCAGUCCUGCAUCCUCUGCUGGGAAGAAGCCAAAAGAGAGGCGGCCAGAGAGGAGAAGGAGAGAGAUGCCCAAAGAGCGGCGAGGGGAGGCAGGGCGCCGGGAUGA